AUGAAAGAAAAAGACGUCACCCUUUUUAGGAGUGGACUAGGCAAUCAGAGAAAGCAAAGUAAAUUCCAAAGUGAAGCCUUUCAAUGUGAAGCCCUUGAAGUCAUUGAGCUUGAUCAGAAAGCACAGUUAGUCCUUGAGCUUGAUGGGCAUGUCAUGAUAUGUGUAUAUGAUCAGAAUGGAAAUCAUGUGAUACAGAAGUGUAUAGAAUGUAUACCUACAGAAAAAAUUGGAUUUAUUAUUUCUGCUUUUCAAGGUCAAGUUGCCACGCUUUCUACACAUCCAUAUGGUUGUCGUGUUAUUCAGAGAGUUUUGGAGCAUUGUUCAGAUGAACAACAAGGUCAAUGUAUAGUGGAUGAAAUUUUGGAAUCUGCUUAUGUUCUUGCUCAGGACCAGUAUGGGAACUAUGUUACCCAGCAUGUUCUGGAGAGGGGAAAGUCCAAUGAAAGAAGCCAAAUUAUCAACAAGUUGGCUGGAAAAAAUUGUACAGUUGAGUCAGCAUAAAUAUGCCUCAAAUGUUGUUGAGAAGUGUUUGGAGCAUGGUGAUGCUGCAGAGCUGGAGCUCUUGAUCGAGGAGAUAAUUGGGCAAUCUGAAGAGAAUGACAAUUUAUUGGUGAGGCGAAUUAAAACCUUAAUUUACAAAUUCUACCAUCAUCAUACCUCCUUUCAAAGUUUAUUUUAAGGUUGUCUUUUUCUUUUUGUUGACUCUUGAAGUUUUGACUUUCCAUGUAUCAAAUAAUGAUGAAGGACCAAUUUACUAACUAUGUGAUACAGAAGAUUCUUGAAAUAUGUAGUGAUAAACAACGUGAAACAUUGAUCAAUCGAAUAAAGGUUCAUUGUC